AUGAAGUUUUUAAUUUUUAUAUUGUUGACACUUGCUAUUGAGUUAUGCUCCCCUUACAAGGUGCUAGUUUUCAAUCCAGCUUUUGGAGCGAGUCAUUCAAACUUUCUGGGAAAAAUAUCCGAUAUUCUAAUUGAUGCUGGCCAUGAAGUCACCAUGUUCAUACCGGUUUUUGUCGACGGAAAGAAAGAUUUGGUUGGUUCAAAAAAGGUCAAAAACAUUGUUAGAUUGGAGCAAGACCCAAGAAUUUAUCAAAUGCAAAAAGAGGGAGCAACAGAGGAAUUGAUGAGAAAGAAAAUCUGGACCAUGGACUCUGAUAUCUCUGCUAUGCUUGGAUUUGUCGCCAACUUCAGCAAAACAGCAGCCUACAUGAGUGAUUUCUUGUUUCAACAAACCGAACUUAUCGAGAACUUCCGAAAAGAGAAAUUUGAUCUUGGUAUUUCUGAAUCUUUGUUCGUCUCUGCAUUUGCUUUGUUCGAUGAAAUCGGAAUCAAAUCAGUCAUCAAUGCAGACUCGACACUUUACAUGAGUGGUAUCAAAAGUGCUCUCGGUGAGCCAGCUGCUAUUGCCUAUUAUCCGGGACUUUUCUCUCCAAUUGAUGAUAAAAUGACAUUUUUCGGAAGAGUGAAAAAUCUGAUGGGUUAUCAGUUUGGAAUGCAGUUCAGUACUUUAAAAUAUGUCGCCGAGAUGAAAGCUCUUCCAAAAAGCUACAAAGGACCGAGAGAUUGGCAAACACAAUUGGAUAGAGUUUCUUUCAACUUCAUCAACUCGAACCAAUACAUUGAUUAUGCCAGUCCUACUCUCCCAAAGACGGUUUUCGUUGGCGGAAUGCAAGUGAAUACUAAAAAAAGUGGAAAGGCAACUCUAUCGAAAGAAUGGCAUGAUGUUCUUUCCCAGAGGAAAACAAAUGUAUUAGUUUCGUUUGGAUCAAAUGCAUUCUCUUCGGAUAUGCCUGAUGAAUUCAAAAAAGCCUUUUUGGAAGUCUUCGCAGCGAUGCCGGACACUACAUUCAUUUGGAAGUAUGAGGAAGCAAAUGCUACGUUGGCAAGUCAUCUGAAAAAUGUGAAGCUGACCACUUGGAUGCCUCAAAAUGAUAUUCUCGCUGAUGAUCGUCUGACCCUUUUCGUCACUCAUGGAGGUCUUGGUAGUUCUGUCGAGUUGGCUUAUCAAGGGAAACCAGCUGUUGUUAUUCCAUUGAUGGCUGACCAACCUAGAAACGCCCACAUGCUCACAAGACACGGUGGAGCUCUUCAACUAGAUAAAGCUCUUUUGGAUCAACCCGAUGAAAUUAGGAAAGCAAUUCAAACUGUUCUGAGCGAUUCGAACUACAAGAAGAAUGCGGAAAGACUUGCCAAGAUUCUGGAAGAUCAGCCAAAUAAGCCGAAAGAUGUUGUAUUGAAGCAUUGUGACUUUGCAGUACAGUUUGGACCACUGGAGACGUUGAAUUCUGAAGGACGGCAUCUGAAUACAUUUGCAUAUUACUCAUUAGAUAUCGCACUUGCAGUUAUUGUUGUUCUGUUGAUUUUGUUAUACGUUUUUCAUUUUGUUGUUAAAUUUGUGUUUAGGUUAAUCAAGAGAACAAUCUUGAGACCAAAGAAGAAGAUACAUCACACUGAAAAACGUCAGAAGUAUCAACCCAUUUUUUGUAUUAUCGGAAGAAAGAGUGUUUUCUUGCUUUUUAUUCAUGUGUCCGGCUACAAGGUUCUAGUUUUCAAUCCAGCUUUUGGUGCUAGUCAUUCAAAUUUUCUUGGAAAAAUUUCCGAUAUUUUGAUAGAUGCAGGUCAUGAUGUGACAAUGUUAAUUCCCAUCUCGAUGGAAUCCAAAAAGGAUUUGGUCGGGACUAAAAAAUUAUCAAAAGUUAUUAGAAUCGAUCAGGACCCAAGGUCUCGGAUAAUGCAAGAAGAGGCGAAAACUGAGGAAAUGAUAAAGAAACAGAUUUGGAAACUUGAUGCAGAUAUUACUAUUUUCUUUUCUAUGAUCAAGAACUUCAGUAUCGCCAGUGGUUAUCAGUGUGAACACAUUUUCCAACAAACUGCCAUACUUGACCAGCUCAGGAGUGAAAAGUUUGACCUGGGAAUUACGGAAUCCUUAUUUCUUUGUGGUUUUCCACUUUUUGAUCAUAUUGGUGUCAAAACAGUGAUUAAUGCGGACUCUGUUCUCUAUCUAGAUGUUGUUAAAUAUGCAAUGGGAGAACCUGCAUCAACUAGUUUCUAUCCUGGAGUCUUCUCGAAAAACAAUGACAAAAUGAAUUUUUUGGAUAGAACAAGAAACCUUUUUGGAAUGGCAUUUUCUUGGUAUUUUUCAUGGUCAAGAUUCCAAGGGGAAAUGGAGGCUAUCAAACCAUAUUACAAUAAAUCUCUGACAUGGGAGGAACAUAUCAACAGGGCAGCUUUUUAUUUGAUAAACUCAAAUCAAUACCUCGAUUAUCCAAGUCCAAGUCUUCCAAAAACAGUAUUUAUUGGAGGAAUGCAAGUGAAUACGAAAAAGAAUGGGAAGGUUAAAUUGGAUGAAGAUUGGAAUGAUCUUUUGAAUCAGAGAAAACAAAAUGUACUAGUUUCAUUUGGAUCGAAUGCAUUCUCUUCGGAUAUGCCUGAUGAAUACAAGAAAGCCUUUUUGGAAGUGUUCGCAUCGAUGCCAGAAACUACAUUCAUUUGGAAGUAUGAGGAAGCGAAUGCAACUUUGGCAGAUCAUCUGCCAAAUGUUAAAUUGACCACUUGGAUGCCUCAAAACGAUUUAUUGGCUGACGACCGUCUGACUCUCUUCGUCACUCACGGAGGUCUUGGUAGUUCCGUGGAGCUCGCUUAUCAAGGAAAACCAGCUGUUGUCAUUCCCUUGAUGGCUGACCAACCCAGAAACGCCCACAUGCUCACAAGACACGGUGGAGCUCUUCAACUGGAUAAAGCUCUUUUGGAUCAACCAAAUGAAAUUAGAAAAGCAAUUCAAACUGUUUUGAGCGAUUCGAACUACAAAAAGAAUGCUGAACGACUUGCCAAGAUUCUGGAAGAUCAGCCAAAUAAGCCGAAAGAUGUUGUAUUGAAGCAUUGCGAUUUCGCUGUCAAAUUUGGAGACUUGAAAACAUUAAACUCGGAAGGAAGAAAUCUAAACACUCUUCAAUUCUAUUCUGUUGAUAUCGUUCUAAGCGCUCUGGAAGUGCUCGAGGCUGUUGAGCAUUGCUGCAUGCUUCGUCUCGUGAUUUUCCCAAAUUCUUCCGUUAUUUAUGAGCUCACAUUCCUGAUUUCCUUUUUUCAUGGUUUUUAUUGCAUGAUGUUGGCAAUUAUUUUUGCUCUUUAUGAUGACAUUGAACACCGUUUGACCGAUUCAAAGACCUACUUAUAUCAAAUGGAAUCUGGUAAAAUACAUUUCGAUCGAGAACUCAAACUCAAUGCGUUCAGUCGGUUCUACCGUACCGCUCCAGCUCCAGAUGAAACAUUCAAACGUACAAUCGAUUCAGAUGUUCAAAGUGAGCUGAAUAAGUACACGCAUUCUGAUGCUAUUCGGUUUGCUGCCAAAUCGUGGACUUGGGAAUCGAAUACAGGGGAAGAGUUGCCACGUAGAGAAGAUAAAGGAAUUCAAACUUUUCGGUUCCAAACCGGAAUCCGUGCUUAUUAUCGUGUGUUAGCUGAUAAAGGAGACAGUUAUGUUCUAAUUGCGUGUCAUGCUAAUCUGCACGGAUAUCACCGAGGAGAUCUUCGGUUCGUGGAAGUUAAUGAUACAACUGAAACACAAGGAAUGGGGAAGUCUAGUAUCAUUGGAAAACUCUAUCCGGGGGAUGUGGUUGCUAUUGUGGAACUGGCCAAAAAGAAAAAUGUUCCAUUGAAUCCGCCCGGAGUGUUUCAAGUUCAUCCUGAAUUCGAGUGCUUUUGGGAAGUCCGCCAUAUGACGAUUCUUAUGAGAAAGCAAGAUCGAGAAGUUAACUUUGCGAUUAUCGAAGAUGGAACAGCAGUAGUUGAGGGGUUCAGUCGGUCAAUGAAUGUCUUGGAUGAUUCGUUGAGCACGCCACUGGAAGUCAAUAAGAUCUAUUUCGGAUACGCUUUCAUUCCGGAAAGAGUCAAGAUGAAUUUCACUGAAGAUUUCGAUCGAAAAUAUGAGAAUCUGCUGACUGCCUUAUACUCCAAACUUCCAACAUAUGCCCAUUCAUCUGGAACAAUAUUCACUUAUGCUCCUUCUGAAAUGCAGACAAGAUUCUUCAAAAUCGGACGUGACGCCUUCUGUAAACACGCGUACCGUUUGUAUGGGUCCCAGCCAAAUAAAGUGGUUGAAACUUGUGUGAGAAUGGGAGCAGCGGCUGCACAGACCAUUGGGAAUAAUCGGUUCGAUGAAAGAAGUUUUCCGAUUCAGAGUGUUCAACAAGAUGAUCGAAUUGUUUCAUUUGCAAUACCGAAUCCUGAAAAACAACCCACUGAAGGUCGAUGGUCCAACAAUACCCGUAUUGUUUUGAGUGGAACAAACCGUAAAAUCUGUGCAAUAAUUGAAACCGUCGUGUUUGAGAAUGAUGUCAAUUUCAUUCGAAUAUCGGCUAGAAUCCCAAAAGACUCUUCUCGAAACAUAAAUUUCAGAGAGGAUACAUGGAUUGUUCAUCAAGGCAAGUCGCCUGAGAUCCCAAGAAUCGAUCGUGGUUUUCUGAGUAGACUUGAGGAAAACUCAAACGGAAGCCGAAUCAUCAAAACUCUCUAUGGAGGAGAAUCUAUCAAUUUGGACUCCUCCGAAAUCGACUUGAACUCUUCAUUCUGCUUUCCAAGUAGUCCAGUGAUUGUUCUUAAUGAAUUUCAAAACGAUUACGUCUCCAAGAUUUUGGCAAAUGUUCCAAUUGUCCUCGGAAAUUCACCAUUUGGAUGUGGAAAAUCGAUGACUAUUGUCACAGCUGCAAUCGAGAUUCAUAAACAAAAUGGGCGGUUCAAUGGGCAUGGAAAACAGAGGCAACAAUUGCUUGUUACACAAAGUAACAAUGCUGGUGUGAGCCUGGUGGAAAUUGCUCGAAAAAUUGAUAGCAGUCAAGUCAAAAUCAAAUUUCUGAGGUACAUUAGCGAGAAUAAUUGGAAUGUGCUUCCCGAUUCUUCACGUACGGAUUUGGAUAUGCCCAAGUUAAUGAGGGAUAUGUUUGUACCAUGGGCAAUUGGCACAGUGGAAAGAACAACAUCGUUGAAUUUCUUGACAAUUGGUAUGAAACAGGCAAUUGUUCGAAAAGUUGCUCAAGAAUAUCUCUAUCCCUCUCAACUGGUUGGUGAAGCGAGCAGAAUCUAUGAUACUUUGAAUGAGUAUGACAAAAUAACUGAACCAUCUCCAAGAACUCUCCGAGAGGCUUUCUUCAUUUUCUAUGAACCAGACAUCAUUGUAUCCACUGCAGAUUCUCUUCAAGGAUUACUUUCCUGUAAUCUCAGGCUACAGAUCUCAAGCAUACAAAUCGAUGAGGCUAGUCAGUUACCGGAGCACACUCUCAUCUAUAUUUUACAAAGAUUUCCUCACGCUGGAUAUGGUCUUGUCGGUGAUAUCAAACAACUGCCACCACACUGCGAGAAAGAGUUGAAAGGUCUUCUCAAAGAUUACGGUAUCGGAAACACAAUGCAAAGAGCAAUCAACGAAUUGAUGUUUCUUCAAUCUAACCUCCUCUACGUCUACAGAUGUCAUCCCGUUACUACAGAACUGUUAAGCGACAUGUUUUAUGAUGGUUCACUUAUUCCGGGAGUCAGCGAGUUUGAUCGAAACGAAUUUAUGAGAAUGCGCCCAGACAUUUGGCCAAACGUACGCUUCCCAAUUUUGGUGUUGAACCAAAAAGGUGAGGGAUACAAAGUUGGAACUUCCGUUGCGAACGAAGUCGAGAAAAAUUAUGUGUUACGUAUUGUGAGCAUGUUAACACGAGAAGUAAACGGCUACCGACUGAAAGAAUCUGAUAUCGGUGUCAUCUCAUUUUAUCGAGCACAAACGUCUCUUUUAACUGAAGCGUUCCGUAGCACUGAUGUCAAAUGUGGAACGAUUGAUGCGUUUCAAGGAUCCGAGAAAGAAGUCAUAAUCGUUUGUUGUACCAAUAAGAAGAUCUCCCCCUUCAUGCAACUUGGUAAUCGUCUGAAUGUUGCUUUGUCUCGUAGUCGUCAGGCAACGAUUCUUAUUGGUAAUGUGGCUGGAUUGAGGGAAGCGAAAUAUUGGGGAACAAUUGUCAGGGAGGCGCAGGAGAAUCAGUGCUUGAUUGAUGACGUAAGUACCGAGUUACCGCAAAAGACACCCUAUACUUGCACUUUGAGCCAAUUUGUCUCAGUUCCUUUGAAGGAUAUCAAAAAGAACUCACAAAAUAUUUUUGAUAUUAUGAUCAACCAGUUCGGUGUAAACGUUGGCAACUAUUCCAAUGGAAAUGGAAAAUUGCCUGGAAACAACGAAAGUUCCUAUGGUAAUGGAUCAGUUCGGACAAAGAGAAAAAUCCAUCAGCGUCAUCAGGCUAAUUAUAUUGUAGGAAACCAACAAGAGUUCAAUCCGGCAAAUAUUUGGAUUCAAGAACGGCAACCAAGAAAAAUGAACAUCGAAAACCUGUUUCGUUGA